UUUCACACAAAAUUUUGUCAAUAUUAGAUAGAAGACCAAUCCCUUGGAGUUUGAACAUCUCGUAAUUUAUGAUUACUCGGCGUUUAACCUACAUAAUAGUUGUUGACUAAAGUAGAACGACUUUUGUCAAAAACGUUGAGAUAUCAAUUCUUUCUUUCACCAACUUGACGAGAUAGUAGUAAUCUAGCCCCACUCCAUCAUCAAUUACCUCACUAAUCACUCUAAUUAAUUAAUUAGACGAAGCAUAAAAAGAAAAUAUGAAAAGAAGUUGCCUUUACAGCACAAAUCGUCAUUUUGAACAUAUAAUCCCGUUACUUUUCCUACAUUAUUUUCCUUGACGACAUAAGUCAUAAAAAUAAAAAGUCCCAUCUUUGUGUAUGUGGCAAUCUUAAUCAAAUUAAUUGUUGGCACUUGCUUGUUGGCUAAACUCUCUUUGAAUCCAAGUUCUCAUUUUUGCUAUGGUUUGAGUCCAAUCCAUUGUCAUUGUCACCCUAACAAUUUGCUCACUUUUAGUUUUCUCUGUCUCUCAUUCCAACCAGCUAGUUGGUUAUUCUUUCCACCGGUUGUUGCCAAAUCUUGGAUUUAAACAAGUCUUUCACUCUGCUGCAAAACCUACUGCUAGCACACAAUGCAGAUUUUUACAACCUUUUAUAGUACUUAGUUGCUGCUUUUCAAUUCUUCUUCUCAUGAGUUUUACUCUUUCUUGGAAAGUGCUUUUUGAAUUCUGUUUGAUAGAAGUGGAGUGGCUAGCAAAACAAGAUGAAGCCUUGCACUUUGUUGUUGUUUCUCAGUUUUAUCUCCACGCUCUCUUUUGUGGUUUCUGACACAGUGCCCUCAAACGAAGUUUGGGCGCUUAGGAGCUUCAAAGAAGCUGUCUAUGAAGACCCAUAUCAAGUUUUAUCCAAUUGGGAUACGGUGGAAUCAGAUCCUUGUAACUGGUUUGGCGUCUUAUGCACUAUGGUUCGAGAUCAUGUCAUCAAGCUAAACAUAUCAGGAUCAUCAUUAAAGGGGUUUCUUGCACCAGAGCUGGGGCAAAUCACCUACUUGCAGGCACUAAUUUUGCAUGGCAACAAUUUCAUUGGAACAAUACCUAGAGAGUUGGGUGUGUUGGAAUCUCUCAAGGUGUUGGAUUUGGGAAUGAACCAAUUAACGGGACCAAUUCCUCCAGAGAUUGGAAAUCUAACCCAAGCUGUGAAAAUAAACUUGCAGUCCAAUGGGUUGACUGGUAGGCUACCUCCGGAGCUUGGAAACUUGAGAUACCUUCAAGAACUUCGGCUGGAUAGGAAUAGGCUUCAAGGACCUAUUCCUGCUGGUGGUAGCUCAAAUUUUGCUUCAAAUAUGCAUGGGAUGUAUGCAUCAAAGGAGAAUGUAACUGGCUUCUGUCGUUCGUCUCAGUUGAAAGUAGCAGACUUCUCAUUUAAUUUUUUAGUUGGUAGGAUACCCAAAUGCUUGGAGUAUCUUCCAAGCAGGUUAAGCUUUCAAGGGAAUUGCCUCCAGGGUCAGGAGUUAAAGCAGCGGUCUUCUAUACAGUGUGCGGGUGCCUCACCUGCCAGUGCCAAGAGCCAGCCAGUGGUGAAUCCAAAUCACCAACCUGCUGAAUAUGUGUCCAAGCAUCACAGAGCAUCGAAGCCUGUUUGGCUUUUGGCUCUAGAAAUAGUAACUGGAACUAUGGUGGGCUCUCUCUUUCUGGUUGCUGUUCUUGCUGCUUUUCAGAGAUGUAACAAAAAAUCAUCUAUCAUUAUUCCUUGGAAAAAAUCUGGAAGCCAAAAAGAUCAUACAGCAGUAUAUAUAGACCCUGAGUUUUUGAAGGAUGUGAGAAGGUAUAGCAGACAGGAGCUUGAAGUUGCCUGUGAAGACUUCAGCAACAUAAUUGGGUCCUCACCAGAUAGUGUGGUGUACAAGGGAACAAUGAAAGGUGGGCCUGAGAUUGCUGUGAUUUCCCUCUGCAUCAAGGAGGAGCAUUGGACAGGAUAUCUUGAGCUCUAUUUUCAGAGAGAGGUGGCAGACUUGGCAAGGUUAAAUCAUGAGAAUAUAGGAAAACUACUGGGCUAUUGUAGAGAGGACACUCCAUUUACAAGGAUGUUGGUUUUUGAUUAUGCUUCAAAUGGGACACUUCAUGAUCACUUACAUUGUUAUGAAGAAGGAUGUCAAUUCUCUUGGACACGGCGUAUGAAGAUUGCCAUAGGUAUUGCACGUGGACUCAAGUAUUUGCAUACAGAAGUGGAGCCUCCAUUCACUAUCUCAGAGCUGAAUUCUAGUGCUGUAUACCUUACAGAAGAAUUUUCCCCUAAGUUGGUUGAUUUUGAAAGUUGGAAGACAAUCCUUGAAAGAUCAGAAAAGAAUUCUGGUUCCAUUGGCAGCCAAGGUGCUAUCUGUGUUCUUCCAAAUUCCCUUGAAGCACGCCAUCUUGAUACCAAAGGAAACAUAUUUGCUUUUGGGGUACUUCUGCUAGAGAUAAUCAGCGGGAGACCUCCAUACUGUAAGGACAAAGGGUACUUGGUGGACUGGGCCAAGGACUAUCUUGAAAUGCCAGAUGAAAUGUCAUGUGUAGUGGAUCCUGAAAUGAAAUUUUUUAGAUAUGAAGACCUCAAAGUGAUAUGCGAGGUAAUAACUCUUUGUGUCAAUCCUGAUACAACUGUGCGCCCAUCUAUGCGAGAAUUAUGUAGCAUGCUGGAGAGCAGAAUUGACACAUCAGUAAGCGUGGAGCUCAAGUCAUCAUCUUUGGCUUGGGCUGAACUUGCACUUUUAUCGUAAUGUAGUCAAAACUCAAAAUUAACAGAUCUACACUAAAGCAGAGACAUACACAGCAGUUAUACUUUUUCUGAUUACUUUUUUUUUUUUUUUUCAUUUUACUCCUCAAUUUCAUUUCUACUGUAAAUGAUUGCUCAAAAAGGGUUUCUGUUAGGCUUAAGCACGACAAGGUCUCGUUGUAUAGCACUAGCGGACUAGUGGAAGUCCAGAAAUUGUUAAAAUAGAACAAGAUUGUAUUGGACCAGUGUUUUCUUUUGUGCAUUAUACCGGGCAUUGUGGUGUUCGUCCCGGACCCAUUCACCUACGUGUUUAUCAGAGACCAGGGAGAUUACGGUACCUAUAUUAUGAUGUAAUAAGGGUUACUUUUUACGAAGCUCAAAGUGGUGUUUUGAGUUAUUAUAGAAAAUCUCAAUCUCUAUUACUCCCUCUUGUCUUUUUUAUAAGAAACAAAUGAUAGUGUAUUAAUACUAUUAUUUUUUACAAAAA